AUGGUGUACGAGUAUGAAGGAGGCUGGAGUGUCCACCUGCCGGAUGCCUUAUGGGUUUACCGCACCUCCCCAAGGAGCGCCACGGGUUUCUCGCCCUAUUCGCUUGUGUAUGGUUCCGAUGCCAUAUCGCCCGUUGAAAUCACUAUCCCCACUGCUAGAGUAUCGGCUAUCAAUGACCUUGAAUGGGAUGCAAAGACAUGCUCAAAGUGGCGCUUGUUAGACAUAGAGGCUUUGGAUGAGAAAAGAAUGGAAGCCGAAAGAAGAACAACACUUUACCACAAAACCGUUGCCCAAGCUUACAACAGGGCAGUCAGGUCACAAGCCUUCAAGCAAGGAGACCUCGUGCUAAAAGUCAUCGAGCAUGUGAGGAGACAAGUAUCGGAACCUUCCAAGUUUGCCCCGUAA